AUAUAGGAAAAAUAAAAGCAGAACCCAAGUAAGUGAGUUCACUGUGGCUCUAGACACAACACGAUGAGGGCUGUGUUAGUGAUUGCAAUGUGCCUGAUGGCCAUGGCUCUGGCCACUACUCCUCAAACUUCUGAUGAAAGGGGCAUUUUCAUCAACCUGAAUAAUGGAGAGUUGUGCGGCAUCAGUGCGCAGUGCAAGAGCUCCUGCUGCCACCGUCGCUCUGCUGUUGACCUGGCUCGCUGUGCCUCACGCUCUGCAGAGGGCGAGACAUGCUCUAAAAAGAGCCUGUAUGGUUCAUAUUACCACUGCACUUGUGAGCCGGGACUUAAAUGUGAAGGUGACUGGUCCAUUGGAGGGUCCAUCGUCAACACCAACUUUGGAACCUGUGUAGACCCACAUCGGCCACAUCAGACUACCAAUAACUAAUGCUCAAUACACAACGCAGAAUGGAGCAACCGAAAAACCCAAAUCUUGCAGACAAGCAGUGCAUUAUAUAUCCAAAACAAUAUUCAAAUGCCAAGAUAUGAGAAAUUAUGAAUUACUUUAAGACUUUUUUUUAAAAAAAAGUUCAUAGUUCACUUCAGUCAUUCCUCCAUAAAUAACAACAUAAAAACAUAUCUAAUGCCCAACUGUUUCAAAAAUAGAAAUCCAAGGUCAACACUGAUGUCACCCAGGAUCCUUCAGUGCAAGGGCUAUUUUACCCAUGUCAGCAUAACACUAUUGGUUAUUGGUGGUAUUCUCUCAUGGAAUUGCAUGUUGAAACCCGAUCAAUAAAAAAUGUAUCACAAAAAAACACAA